AACUCAAAGUUUUCAAGCCCUUUUUCAUUAGUUUUCCUUAUAACAAAUGUUGUUGAGAAGGCAAGAUGUGCUCUCAUGGAUAGUCUUAGGCGUGUUGAAGACAUUGUUCCACAAUCUACUGGUUGUCAGAUUGAAGAGAUUGUUAGUGAACUUGAGGGUACUGUGCUCUCACUUGAUCCCUUAGAGAAGAAAGUUGGCGAUGAAAUAAUUGCACUACUCUAGCAAGGGAAAAAGUUCGACAAUUGUAAUGACAAUAAUGAGCUGGAAUCGUUUCAUCAGGCUGCUAUCAAACUUGGUAUUACCUCUUCCAGGGCAGCUCUUACUGAGAGAAGAGCUUUAAAGAAAGUCAUCCAGCGAGCCCGUGCUGAGGAAGAUAAGCGGAAAGAAUCAAUUGUGGCUUAUUUAUUACAUCUUACGCGAAAAUACUCCAAGCUGUUCAGAAGUGAAAUCUCAGAUGACAAUGAUUCACAAGGCUCUGCUCCUUGUUCUCCCACUAUUCAGGGUUCCAUUGAGGAUGCUGGGCCCGGUGGCAAUGAUUCACAAGGUUCUGCUCCUUGUUCUCCCACUAUUCAGGGUUCUUUUAAUUGCUAGUUGGUGUGAACAGAAUAGAAUUUGUGUUCCUGAUGGUCCCCCAGAGUCUCUUGACCUCAACUAUUGGAGGCUUGCAUUUGAGUCGGAGUCCACUGAUUCAAAAUCUAUGGGUAGUGUUGGCUCUUGCAAGGUGAAGGGUGUCAAGGUGGUUCCUUUAGAGGAGAGCCAUACUAUAAAGGGGGACGUUGGAAAUGAAACAGAAGAUGUGUCUCCAUUAGAGGAAGAGUCUGAGCUUGAUGUUUUCGAAAGUUAUCAGGAUCUUUUAACCACCUUGAAUGAAGAGGAAGACUUCAGGAAGAGGUGCGAGGUAGUGGAGCAAAUAAGGCUCUUGCUGAAGGAGGAUGAGGAGGCCAGGAUGUAUAUGGGUGCUAAUGGAUUUGUUGAAGCACUUCUACAUUUUCUGAGCUCAGCUUUGCGUGAAGCGGGUUGUUUGGCUCAGGAAAGUGGAGCCAUGGCUCUCUUCAAUCUUGCUGUCAACAAUAACAGGUAUAGUUGUUUAAUAAUUUUAAAAGAAUCGAAUGCAAUAACUAGUUUAUUUGACAAUAAUUUGAUUCAUUUUGUACUGAAAACUUCAGAGGUCUAUUAAGCAUGAAAAUGCGGUGUCUUCAAUAAUAAAAAAAGCAUCCGGGAUAAGGUGAAGUGUAUAAAUAAUUGUCUACGAUGUGUUGAUAUUUCCUUCGGUCAUGUGUGUAGAGAAUGAUGCAUUGGCUUUCAUGAUUUGUUUUUAAUUAUUAGAUGUUGAUUCUCUUUUU